UUUGUCGGAGUGUUGAUGGAGUAUGUGUUGGUGAUUAAAGGUCCUGGCUUCUCUCUCAGUCUGUCUGACGUUUACGGAAGUGCUUACUGAACUCUGUUGGUUGAAUCCGGCAGUGGGAACAAGCUACGUGUAAUAUUUGAUUUAAAAUGGCUGAAAAGAAAGCCAAUGUCCCUAGCUCCAGCUCCAACCUGCUCUUUUCCACAGCUCCAGAAUUUAAUUUUAAUCUGCCGUUUAUUCCUGUCAGUCAGGCAACGGAUCCAGCAGUUUUAUCCGGAGAUGAUGUAAGUGAAGUUGGUGAAGAAGACAGCUUUCUUGGUCAGACCUCAUCAACAGGAGCUCAGCCGGCAACCUUCACCUAUUUUUCGGCCUCUGGGGGCAGCAGUGAUCCGUUUGCCUCAAUAGGGCCCAAGUCAUUCCUGCCUCCUGCUUCUUCUGUUGUCCCAACAGCUACUUCUUCACUUGUGUCUACUGCUGCAAGUCUGCCUCCAAACCCCCCGAUUUCUCAUGUAAACUCUGCACAGCAAUAUGGCAAUACAGUACACCAGAACCCCAUCAGCACACACACUCCUUCACCUAAUGUGACGGCUACUCCGCCUCCCCAGACCAGCCAGCAUCCCUUUAAUCCUUAUCGUCACACAGCCACAAGUAGCAAAGCCAGCCCUUAUAUCAUGGCUCCUGAGCUGCAACAACUUCCUCAUCAGACCCCACACCAUUACAGUCCCUACUCUCAGACCCCACUACCUCCCACGUUUCUCUCUGCACCCCCAGACUUCACCCAGCCUCCGCCUGCACAGGUUCCUCCCCCGCCUUCAGGUCCCAGCAUGGCAGGACCUGUGGUUCCAUCCAACCCAAUGAUGCAAUACUCAUAUAAUGUCUAUGAGCCUGUUCAGCCUCACUGGUUCUUCUGCAAACAAGUAGAAUCCAGGAACGUUUGGCUUCCCUUCAGUAUCCUGGAUUCCAUACGACUGGAGGAGACUUUUAAUUCUGUCCAGCCAGACCCGGAGAAUGUGAUCGUGAGUACAGACGGUGGACGCUAUGAUGUGCAACUUUACGACCGCAUUCGCACCGCUGUGUACUGGGAGGAGGAUCCAACUGAGGUGCGGCGCUGUUCCUGGUUCUACAAAGGAGACACGGACAGCCGAUUUAUCCCCUAUUCCGAGGAGUUCAGUGACAAACUGGAGGCGGAAUACAAGAAAGCCGUUUGCACCAAUCAGUGGCAUCGCCGACUGGAAUUUCCUUCAGGGGAAACAAUCGUUAUGCACAAUCCAAAGGUCAUAGUGCAGUUUCAGCCAACAGCCACACCUGAUGAAUGGGGCACCACACAGGAUGGUCAGACUCGGCCCAGAGUGGUGAAGAGGGGAGUGGAUGAUGACCAUGAUGAAGUCCCUGAUGGUGAAAUGUCACAAGUGGACCAUCUGGUGUUUAUGGUGCAUGGCAUUGGCCCAGUCUGUGAUCUGCGGUUCAGGAGCAUGGUGGAGUGUGUGGAUGACUUCCGCAGUGUUUCACUGAAGCUGCUGCAAAGUCAUUUUAAGAAGGCUGUAGAUGACCGUGCUAUAAGUCGUGUGGAGUUUCUGCCUGUGCACUGGCACACAGCCCUGCAUGGAGAUGCCACGGGAGUGGACAGGCGGAUAAAGAAGAUCACCCUGCCCAGCACUGUGCGCCUGCGACACUUUACCAAUGAAACUCUCUUAGAUGUACUAUUCUACAACAGCCCAACCUAUUGCCAGACCAUCAUGGACACUGUAGCUUCUGAGAUUAACCGACUUUACGCACUGUUCAUGCAGAGAAACCCAGAAUUCAAAGGGAGUGUGUCAGUAGCUGGACACAGUCUAGGCUCUUUGAUACUUUUCGACCUACUGUCUAAUCAGAAGAACCCAUCUUCUGGGUCAACUCCAAAUGGGAACACUCAGCCUGAAGUUAAACAGGUGAGUCCUCCUGUAUCCCAGGCCACUGAGGUCUUUAGCCCGGCUGCAGCAGAGGAAGCAGUGGAAGAAGAAAAGGAGACUGCUAAUCUGUCAUCUGUUCUGGAGCAGCUGGGCCUGUCUGAGUACCUCAGUACUUUCGAACAGGAGAAGAUUGAUGUUGAGUCACUGCUUAUGUGCACAGUGGAUGAUUUGAAAGAAAUGGGUAUUCCUUUGGGGCCACGCAAGAAGCUUGCAAAGUUUGUUAAAGAGAAGGCAGCAAAGCAGGCUGCAGGAGAGAAAAUUGUAGCUAAAGAAGUUUCAACCCCUCAACACACUGAAUCAGUCACAACUGUUGCCAGAUCCAAAGUCCCAGUGGGCAGGCUUAUCUCCUCCAUGCAUGUGGAUUACAACUGCUUCGAAAUUGGCACUGGGCAGGUGUCUGUGAUGUAUCAUGCUCUGGACUUUGACCCUGUCAAUUUCUUUGCACUCGGUUCUCCAAUCGGCAUGUUUCUGACUGUGCGAGGGGUGGAGAAACUCGAGGAGACCUACCAGCUACCCACCUGCAAAGGCUUCUUUAACAUUUAUCAUCCAUUGGAUCCAGUGGCAUACAGGCUCGAGCCCAUGAUUCUACCAGAUAUAGAACUGGACCCGGUUUUGAUUCCUCAUCAUAAAGGGAGGAAAAGGCUUCAUCUUGAAUUAAAGGAGAGUCUGUCCAGGAUGGGAUCUGACUUGAAGCAGGGCUUCAUCAGUUCUUUAAAGACUGCGUGGCAGACCCUGCAUGAUUUUGCUCGUGCUCAUACCUCCUCCAUGAAGUUGCAUGAACAGCUGGCCAUAGUGGCUAGUCAAAUAAAAGCAGAAGAGGAAAUGCAUGAUGAAGAAGCUGACGAUAAGCUGGUGAUGGAGACUCCUGAGCCUGCAAAGGAGGAAGAAACUCGGGUUAAGGUGGGCAUGCUGAACGGAGGACGUCGCAUUGAUUAUGUCCUGCAAGAGAAGCCCAUUGAGAGCUUUAAUGAGUACAUCUUUGCUCUCCAGAGUCACCUGUGUUACUGGGAAUCUGAGGACACAGCUUUGUUCUUCCUUAAAGAGAUUUAUAAGACCAUGGACAUAUGGCCAGAGCAAACGGCACACUGAUGUAAUAAUUAAAAAAAUAAAGUGCAGGAAAAGUCACUUCAAAUGGUUUUGAACUUUCCAGGAGGGCCUGCCUUAGCAGUUGAAUCACUUUCUUUUCUUUUUUUUUUUAUUUCCUAUUCUUUGUUUUCUUGUAUAAAUAAGAAUACAUAAGUAUUAUUCAAUAUAUCUUAAAUUAAGAAAAUGAGAAUUAGUGUGGCAUUAAGUUCCACCAUACAUCAGCAUUUUUAUAGCGCUGUGAUAGGCCAUAGUAGUAACAGAAACUUUACUGACUUAGGUAAGAAAGCAAGUCUAUCUUAUGUAACUAAGACCCAUAAUCCACACAUUAAACUGAUUUUGUCCAACCUGUGUUCCUGUGACUGACAACAGAAAUGAUUACAAACACAAUGCUGAAAGACUGCUGUCCCUCUUUAUUUAAAAAAAAGUUGAGAAGUUUACACUUCACCACUGCAUUGUGCUGUUGUUUUAGAUGCUACAGAUGCCAGUUUUGUAUUAGUAGCCUCUAUUGUUUAACUGAUUAAAAAAAAAAUGUCCUUAAUGGAUAGUAAAUGGCUACCGGGUAUUUAUAAUAGUUAACAGUUAAUUAUUCAAAUAUAUUCAAAACCAGCUGGGAUUAAGUAAGCAUUUACCCACUUCAAAUAAAAUGAAUACCAGAGUGGUGUCCCACUGUUCCACCAGCUGAGUCUGAUACCUGCUAAAUUGUAUUGUAGAGAAUAAAAGUUUUCAGUCCCCUUCUUCGA